AUGGACGCUCAGUACGACCUGCACGACCUUCAUGACUUCUCCUACAAAGAGGUCAUGAAGUGCUUAAAAGUUGGCCUGCUCAAGAACGUGAUGCUCUGCCCAAAGUGCGACGGCGCCAUGACCAUGUCCGUCCCAACGAAGCGUUGGCGCUGCCGCCGGUCUUCUUGCGGCGAUGUCCAGCGAAGCAUCAAGGCGGACUCGUUCUUCGCCAAGUCAAAGUUGCCAUUGACGAAGGCGGUCCGCCUGAUGUUUGACUGGGUAUCGCGCAAGUCAGUCUCCGUGGUAACGAAAGAGCAAGAAGUGUCGCCAACCUCGGCCGGCGACUGGUUUAACUUUUGCCGCGAGGUUUGCUCAGUCGAAAUGCUAACAUGCGAAAUGAAGUUUGGUUCGUACGUGUCGUCGAAUGAACGCCACACCCUGGAGACCAACCCCCGGCUGCGUGGCAUGAAUUACACCCACGCUUGGGUGAACCACUCCGAAAACUUCGUCAACCCAAUCAACGGUGCCCACACACAGUCAAUCGAAGGUGUGUGGGAGGUGAGGAUCAAACAAUACCUCAAGGCGAUGCGCGGGGUGCACCGCAAGCACCUCCCUGGGUACUUAGACGAAUUUUUGUGGCGUUCCUGGUUUUUUCCCCAGAAAGCUGACGGCAAAAUGGUGUUCAAGGGACUUGUCAUUGCCAUUCGUAAACAGUACUUGAACUAA